UGAAUUUAUCGGUUAACAAGUAAAUAUUACGGAGCUACCAAAUACAAAUGAUAUUACCCCUUCCCUCCGAGGAGCAAAUUAUAUAUUACGUGAUAUAUAAAAGUUGAUCGAGCUCUGCACGCGUGAUUUCGCCGUCGCAUCGGCGAAAUCGGAAGAUAACAAAAUAUAAUAUACCCAUUAUAGCGAAUGUAUGUUUGAUCGAUCGCAUAAAGAGACGCGUUUGGUAAAAAGAAAAGUGAAGAACGUCAUCAGCGAGUUCGAAAUAUAAGAGUAUAAUAUACGUAACGCGGUAGCAUUCGCAGCAAAUCGAAUUAACGGAGAUUAAAAGAAAAGUUCGUAGUCGAAAAAACUGCAUUGCUUUUUGGAGUGUAUUACGGGUUGAAAAUAAAUCUACGUUAUUUUUCCUCAACCGUAUACGGCAUUUCGUCAUCCACGCGCGUUGUUUAGAAAUUUCCAUUGAUAGUACAAAGAGAAACGAGCCCUCUACUAAAGUCCGCGAAAUCGACAAACGUACAUCAUGAACGGGAAUAAACCAGGGUCUUCAGAUAUUGUGCUUGUCGGUGGGAAUUCUCAUCCAGAACUUGCGGAACUCAUAGCCAGCCGUUUGGGGGUAAAAAACGGAGGAUGUUCUGUAUAUCACAAGAGCAAUCGAGAAACAAUGGUAGAAAUCGGGGAUUCGGUGAGAGGAAAGGAUCUCUACAUAAUCCAAACGGGAACUAAAGAUGUCAACAACAACAUAAUGGAAUUAUUGAUAAUGGCAUACGCAUGUAAAACAUCAUCAGCGAAAAAUAUAAUUGGAGUUAUUCCGUACUUGCCGUACUCAAAACAAUGCAAAAUGCGUAAACGUGGAUGCAUCGUUUCCAAGCUACUUGCAAAAAUGAUGUGCAAGAGCGGAUUAACUCACAUCAUAACGAUGGAUCUUCAUCAGAAAGAAAUUCAGGGAUUCUUUGAUUGUCCAGUCGACAAUCUUCGUGCCAGUCCUUUCCUUUUGCAGUAUAUUCAAGAGAGCAUUCCGGAUUACAAGAAUUCGGUAAUUGUCGCAAAAAAUCCAGGAAGUGCAAAGAAAGCGACCAGUUAUGCGGAACGUCUCCGCGUGGGUAUCGCGGUUAUACACGGCGAGCAAAGAGAGUCGGAAUCUGAUAUGAACGACGGUCGUUACUCGCCGCCCGCGGUCCUCAUGUCGUCGAGAACCAUGGAGGUCGGUGUUGGGGUUCCCGUACAUCCCGCUAAAGAAAAACCGCCCAUAAACGUUGUGGGUGACGUCAGUGGACACAUUGCCAUUAUGGUGGACGAUAUGGUAGAUGACGUACAGAGCUUCGUCGCAGCCGCCGAGGUAUUGAAAGAGCGAGGGGCUAUAAAGAUUUACAUUCUGGCUACUCAUGGACUAUUGAGCUCGGAUGCACCACGAUUAAUCGAAGAAUCGCCGAUCGACGAGGUUGUUGUGACAAACACAAUUCCACACGAGCUGCAGAAGAGUCAAUGCUCGAAAAUCAAAACUGUCGACAUAAGCAUUCUCCUUGCUGAGGCGAUACGCCGAAUUCACAACAAAGAAUCGAUGUCCUAUCUCUUUAAAAACGUUACGACGGAAGAUUAAGUACGAAGAGCGAUGAAACAACAAGAAAAAUCACUACAAAACAUAGAGAGAAAGAGGGAAAAGGAUUUACCGACAAACAAUCAUACUGUUUGAAAGAAAUCGAUGGAGGAUGAAGACAAAGCUUAAAUAUAAGAUACAUUAAGGAAAAUAUAAGAUGAAUUUGAGAAAAAUAAUUGUUAUAUGAAGUAAUAAGGUAAGAGAAACAAAAGUGGCGAAAAUUCGUUUAAUGCAAAAACAAAGAUCAAUAUGACAUUCGGUAUUGUGACAGGGCCGAAUGGAUUUUUAAAAAAUCUACCUUUACGUAAUCGUUCCGUGUCCAGGGACCACAUAUACAUACACUUAUAUAUUGCCGAACACACAACACACACACAGACACACACACACACACGCGCGCGUCUCUAUAAAACGUUAUAUUCCGCAAUUUUUCUAUAAUAUUUUUCUAUAAACAUAUUUUCUGUCUGAAAAACAAACCACCAGCGAAUCAAGAAAAUUUAACCGAAUUCCUUACAGUAGAUCAUACCCGAAAGAAUCAUGAAUAAUCAUUUUUCACCCAUUUUACCUGAGUUGGGUUACCCAUGGGGAGUUUCUUCAUUUUUAUUCGACUUUUUAUUAACCUAUUUUAAUAGUAGGAAAAAGUAGCAUGAAACUGCAUAUGCUCCGAUUGCCUAGUGUUCAAAAUUCGUUUCCAUCAUUUGUCAGGAAGAAAGUUCAAAGUCAUCGAGACAUGUGAAGCACUUUAGUAGAUAUAUUAUCUCCGUCCGACAAAACCAUUUGUUUUUUGUUCGAUCCGGGAUAAUGUGAAUCGCGACUUGAUAAUGAUUUUUUUGUACUUUCACAAGAGAAAAAAGAAAUAGAAGGAACGGAAAAUUUGAUGGUUAACAUAAACACUCAGCGUCCACGGGAGCGGAGAAAAUCGUGGCGUUUGAAAGUAUCCUAAACGUAGAGAUAGAACGAGUCCAUUAAAGUAUUAUCGAUAAAACGAAUAUGGGAAAAGAAAAAAACUAGUAUUCGUAUUACGAAAUUAGCGUAUUCAAUUUAAUAUUAAAAGAAAAACAAUAAUAAUAACGAGUGUUUUUCUGUGUUAAAAAAAAAAACGAAAAGAAAGAAACAAAAUUAUCAUUUAUUAUGUAACAUCAGUGUUCCUCAUCAAGUUUACAGUAGAUUUUGAUCAUAAUGUAGCCUGGAAAAGAUGUCAAUAAACACGUUUCAUUUACGUUUACUAAAAGUU